AUGACAGCACUCAAACACCUGUACGCCCGCCCCUCUUCUCUAUGCGUCGACCUGAGCGGGUGUCGCAUCGGAGGGGUCAUCCCCGCCUUUCUCGGAAGAAUCAAAUCGCUCACCUUCCUCGGCAUAAGCAACAACUUCUACACCGGCCAAGUGCCACCGUCCUUUGGGGGCCUUUCCAACCUCGCAUACCUGGACAUCUCAGGAUCAGGAGAGGAGGAGGAGGAGGGCAACGGCCUGGGGAGCCCUCUGCCGUCGCAGCUCACGAAUCUCAAGGCGCUUCAAUCCCUCCAACUUCUCUUCCUCUCCCACAAUCCCACCCCCACCCUUUGUGUGCGUACCCCCACCCCACCCCAGCAGCAAUUUGUGAGGCAGCAAUGA